CUAGUCCCGGGUCCUGUGCCCCGGCGCCCUACAGCUCCAGUGACCCCCCCUAUCGCCACCCCCAGCCCCUGUAGCGCCCCGACCCUCCGGAGCCACCCCCAGCCCCUGGAGCCCCCCACUGAGCUCUAGCCAUCACCCUUAUAGCACCCCACUGGCCUGUAGCCACCACCCAGACCCUAUAGCACCCCGCUGGACUGUAGCCAUCAUCCUUAUAGCACCCCACUGGCCUAUAGCCACCACCCAGACCCUAUAGCACCCCACUGGCCUGUAGCCAUCAUCCUUAUAGCACCCCACUGGCCUAUAGCCACCACCCAGACCCUAUAGCACCCCGCUGGACUGUAGCCAUCAUCCUUAUAGCACCCCACUGGCCUAUAGCCACCACCCAGACCCUAUAGCACCCACUGAUCUCUAGCCAUCAUCCUUAUAGCACCCCACUGGCCUAUAGCCACCACCCAGACCCUAUAGCACCCCACUGAUCUCUAGCUAUCAUCCUUAUAGCACCCCACUGGCCUGUAGCCACCACCCAGACCCUAUAGCGCCCCACUGAUCUCUAGCCACCACCCAGACCCUAUAGCACCCCACUGAGCUCUAGUCAUCAUCCUUAUAGCACCCCACUGUCUUAGCCACCAUCCAGCCCCUAUAGCACCCCACUGAUCUCUAGCCACCACCCAGACCCUAUAGCACCCCACUGAGCUCUAGCCAUCAUCCUUAUAGCACCCCACUGGCCUUAGCCACCACCCAGACCCUAUAGCACCCCACUGAUCUCUAGCCACCACCCAGACCCUAUAGCACCCCACUGGCCUGUAGCCAUCAUCCUUAUAGCACCCCACCAUCUGCUCACUUUCCCUCUACAGCACCCUGUUAUUCUGCUACCAAUCCCCCUCAGCCAUUUCCUCCCUCUAUAGCACCCACUCACUCCACUAGUCCCUUCAUCAUCAGCCAUUCAUCCACCCAUUAUCUUCCUCUCUGUCAACAUCUAGCUCCCGUAGCAGACUGCUGUUCCCUUCUGCCCUAUAUUGCACCCCCAUUAUUUCUCUCUGUGCAUCUGGUAUCUCUGCUAGGUGUCAAACACCCCUGGCCUCAAUGGAGGAGGUGGGUAGGGACAGGAGAGUGGUGUGAAUUGGGGUGCCACAGAGGGGAAUUUUAGUAAUUUUAAUUUCAUCCUCCCCCACUUUCCCAAAUACAUAUAUGCUAGAAGCUUUUCCUUUGUAAAUGUGGAUGUUUGCAGAAAACUUACAAAAUAUCAGCUGUGUGUAUGGACCAACACGGUUGAAUUGUCACUUGCUGCUUCUCCAGAGUGAGUGUAUGCUGUAGAACCUUGCUAAUCCACACAGCUCCAUAAGGUGCAUGCCAAAAGAUAUCUGCAUCUACCAUGGUUGGUUUGAAUUCGGUUCAGAGUUGACCAAGAUGACUGUGGAAGGUCAAACCCAGGAACCUUCUGCGUGGGAUCUGGCACAAGAAUGAAACAUGGCUGAGGAUUCUCAGAGAAACUUCCGCUCUGUCUACUAUGAAAAAGUGGGAUUUCGUGGUGUUGAAGAAAAGAAAUCAUUGGAAAUUCUACUGAAAGAUGAUCGAUUGGAUAUUGAGAAGCUUUGCACAUUUAGUCAAAGAUUUCCUCUCCCAUCCAUGUAUCGUAUCCUGGUGUGGAAGGUGCUUUUAGGAAUUAUUCCUCCUCACCAUGAAUCUCAUACUCUGGUGAUGAAGUACCGAACGGAACAAUAUAGGGAUGUGUAUCAUGCCCUCCAAGUAAUUCGGUUUAUCAAGGAUUCUACCCCACAGGUUGAAGUUUUCCUUCGCAUGCAUCAACUGGAGUCAGGAAGGUUGCCUCGAAAUCUGGCUUUUCCUCUGGAACCAGAAGACGAAGUGUUUCUUGCCAUAGCUAAAGCCAUGGAGGAAGUGGUGGAGGAUAAUAUCGACUGCUACUGGCUUGUCAGUAGUUUUGUGAAUCAGUUAAACAACAAAUACAAAGAUUCGUUACCACAGCUGCCAAAAGUUCUUGAACAGUAUUUGAAUGUUGAAGAUAACAGACUUCUGGCGCAUCUGAAGGCAUGUUCUGCAGUGAGCAAACUUCCUUACAAUCUUUGGUUUAAGAAGUGUUUUGCAGGCUGUUUACCUGAAUCCAGUUUACAGAGGGUUUGGGACAAAGUUAUUAGUGGAUCCUGCAAAAUUCUUGUUUUUGUUGCUCUGGAGAUUUUAUUAACCUUUAAAAUGAAGGUAAUGGCCCUGACUAAUGCAGAGAAGAUCACGCAGUUUCUGGAAAAUAUUCCUCAAGAUAACACUGAUGCAAUAGUGAGCAAAGCUAUUGAUUUGUGGCACAAACAUUGUGGGACGCCGGUACAUUUGGUAUGAGAACGUGCUGCAGUCCUCAUGGUUUGGAAGGCCAUACCUUCUGAUGGUCCUUCCCUAGAUUAGUAUCUUUAGAUGUUAAAUUGUUUCACGUUUUUUGCUGUAAAUAUCAUGCUGAUUAAUUUUUAAACUGUUGCAGUAAAAAUAAAAACUGAGUUGUGCUAUGA